AUGGCUGGUUCAAUUGAAGACAACGCGGCAUUAUACAAGAAGAAGACCUACACUUUUGUACCGCCAGCACCUCCGGCUGAUCUCAUCGAGUCUACUAGCUACACACUUGACUUUACGGCCCGUAAGUUUAUUCAUAUCGGUAUUGACCCAUCUUUGAGUUUCAAAAUUGUAGUGCAUAUACUAACUUCUUCGAGAUACGUUCAUAUUACUCCGGAAUUUUUAAAAAAAAUAUUCUCGUAUAUGGGUCAUAUCCUGUCUUUUAUACAGGAUACGCCACAGAAAUAUAAACGAGUAAUAUUUUAUGAAGAUGAAAUAUUAAAACUAUCGAGUAUGGUAUACAGCGGAGAAAAUGUGUUGGUAAUCGAAACAAAAAAUCGUGAUGGAUGUAGAGUACUGCUGAAUCGGGGCGACCUUCUUCGACUUCAAUAUCUCGAAUGUUCUAUUUUCGAGAGCAUCGUGCGAAAAGAAGUAUUCACUGUACCUUUAGUUAUAAAUCAGUAUAAUGAGAUUAUAGCAUACCUAGAUAAAAAAUGUGCUCAACAUAAAUUAUCAUCGGAAAAUUUGGAUCAGAUGGUAAUUUUCAUUAAAAAUAUACAAGACGAUCAAGUCGUUAAGUCCGUUCCAAACUUCUCCAAUCAAAUACAGAUGUGUGCAACUGUACAGUUGACUGAAUCAUUAUUACACCAGAACAACUCGCAUGAGUAUUCCAAUGAAACGACGCUCAUUUCACCAAUGUCGUCAUCAACACCAAUGUCACCACCUACACCGAUGUCAACACCACCACCGAUCUCACCACCACCGAUCUCACCACCACCACCAUCGAGUUUCACCAGUCAAUCGCCGAGCAGAGCAGUCGAUGAAAACGAUGGGCCGUUACAUUUCAACAUGUGA